GGAAGUCCAGAGUAAGCUGGGUCGGGUCGGUAUGAAGACCCCUAACCAAAACAUAUCAUUUAGGGAUAUACUGAUAAUAACAUUUUAUAAAAAUUUAUAAUAACAUUUUAUAAAAAUUUAUUUUUAGCUCCUCCCCCCAACAACGCCCGGAGCAGGUCGCUUUAAUUCCGCGCAUUCAUACCUUUCCUCGCCGAAGAAUCCCAACAUAAAUAUAGGAUUUCAAGCAUCCAACGUCGGGCUUCUAGCCUCCUGUCGUCCCAGAAAAAAUCUGCCAAUCUUCUCAAGGUGAUCAAAUUUAUUGGGCCUGUUUUUACAAGGCACUCAAUAUCCCUCAACCAGAGAGGGGGUUCUGGCGUGCAGAAUCACUGAUGCACUGUGACUUCUGCGGGCAUAGCAUCCUUUCUCAUUCUACAUUCAUCUUCAUCUUCAUCUUCUUGUUGGCGCAGUGAGAUAUUUCAUGAUGCAUCUGUUUAGAACUUUUGAUUUUUGUCAAUGAGAUAGGAGAAAUACUGAGGAGAGUUUCAAGUGAAGGCAAACUUGUCAUAAUGGGAGCUGUUUGUUGCUGUUUGACUACUGCGGACUUCGAAGAUUAUAUAAAUCCAAACAGUUCUGUGUAUAGAAACUGUGUGUGUCUUGGUUGCUUUGUUCAGAAUUUCUUAUAUGUGUAUACAUCAUUAUUUCGAAGAGGGGAAGUACAUGCCAUCCCUUCAUCCAUUCAGGGGGCAGCAUCUGUGACUUCCACAGCAUCAUUUCAGAACUCUCUAACUGACACGUAUCACUCUCCUCCAAGACCCCUGCCUUACGAUGCCGACCCAAGAUAUUUUCGGUUGCAGCAGGAUGGACUGGUUUCAAGACGUGAGAAGGGCUCAAGUCAUUCUCAUGAGGAAUCAGAACCACUGAGAAGUGGUAAUGAUGCUGAUUCAGAAUCUUUGAGUGCAGGAGACAAAUGGAAUGAGUCUACUUGUCAAGAAGGAUCCAAAGAAAACCAAUCCAGGUCGUCAUUGAAACUCUUGUCGGCUAAAACAACCACGGAGGUUGGGCUUUUUUAUUCAUCAACUGAAGAUGAGGAUGUCUGUCCAACAUGUCUUGAAGAAUAUUCUCCAGAAAACCCUAAGAUAAUAACAAAAUGCACUCACCAUUUCCAUCUUGCUUGCAUAUAUGAAUGGAUGGAGAGAAGCGAAAGCUGCCCUGUCUGUGGGAAGGUGAUGGUAUUCGAUGAGACGACUGAUAUUUCUUGAAAGUUAUGGGCUGCGGACAAAGCCAGCAACAUACAGCAAAAAGAGAGUGAAAACCAAAAAGAGAUAGUGUAAAGCCCUUGUGAAUAUUGCAGGUUUAAAGUAAAUAUGAAAAUGCUUCUUCAUUACAUUAACACAGGUACUUCCAUGUCCACAUGAUGUGCUAUUUUUUUUUUUUCUCCUCUGCUUUAUUACUAUCCAGCUGGAAACCUUUGUAAGUUCUAUCUCCUCUGUACACCGAAUGAGAAUGGCCUCAGAUUUGUUAUAUUGAUUGCUUUGCUUUAUACAAUGAAUUUGGAACGAA